AUGGUGCCACAUCCUGUUCCAGUCCCUCCGGGUUGCCCCUUUACCUUGGCGCACAUACCCUUUGGCAUUUUUAGCACGGUGGACAAUGCCGAGAGACGGGUUGGCGCAGCCAUAGGAGACUAUGUGGUGGAUAUUUCUGUUCUCGAGCAGUCAUCCUUCCUGGACGAUAUAGGCCUGCACCACCUUAUAACGGACUUGCGCAACAGCCCCAUCGGCCGCCACGACGACCUUGGUGGGAUUGCCGCGUUGCCAGCACAGGCAAGGUCCCAAUUGCGACAUGGUCUACAGUCCUGGCUCGGCAAUAGUGCAUCACCACUAUUCGCCGAUGCCUCCCUGAACGAGCGUGCAUUUGUGUCUCGAGCGGCUGCCACGAUGCAUCGUCCCUUCAACAUUCCAAAUUUUACCGAUUUCAUGUGCGCCGAUGUGCAUGUCGACAAUUGCAGCAGGCUUGCCGGAGCAGCGACACCACCGAGUCACUAUGCCAUGCCCUUGGGUUACAAUGGCAGAGCCUCGUCAGUCGUGAUAGACGGCGAGCCGGUCCACCGCCCACACGGGAUGGUGCGAGAUCCGCAAACCUCCUCGAUAUCGUUCCAGCAGAGCCAGAGGGUGGACUUUGAGUCCGAGAUUGGUUUCUUCGUCUCGCAGCCGCUCCCCCGUGGCAGAACCAUCAGCGCCGACGAGGCCAACGACUAUAUAUUUGGCAUCGUCUUGCUCAACGACUGGUCUGCCAGAGACGUCCAGUUCGCCGAGAUGACACCCCUCGGUCCCUUCAACGGCAAGGCAUUCGCCACAAGCAUCUCGCCGUGGGUGACUACCCUCGACACCCUCCAAGGGUCUAAGUGUGCGUCUCCUGCAGUCGACCUUCGCAAGGGAGGGUCGACAGGCGCGGCGCACUUGAGGCACAGCGACGAAAAGUCCACGUGGGAUCUGGAGUUUGAGGUAUCGGUCUCCAGACCGAAAUCGACCAGCAAAGGACCCCUAUUGACAUCGUGGUCCAAUCUCCGCGACCUCCGGUGGUCACCCGGCCAGAUGCUGGCGCACCUCGCCUCGUCCGGCUGCGGGCUCAGCACGGGCGAUCUCAUCGGAACCGGCACAAUCUCGUCUCCGAAUGACUCGCCAGCUCUCCGGACGCUGGGGUGCCUGCUCGAGCUGACAGAGGGUGGCCGAGUCCCGGCGGGCAGCUCCGACGACGCAGAGCUCAGGUUUCUCGAGGAUGGGGAUGUGGUAGCCAUGAGCGUCUGGGACUCGGCGCGGACUUUUGGGCUUGCGCCCUUGAGCUCGCCGCUGCUUGGCUCUCAGAGGGAUGGGGAGUAA